AUGAAUUCUGUGUUGGUUUAUGAAUGAUCGCUCGGUGUAUAGGAGAGAAUGAAUUCACCUUUCUGUCCUUCGCUAGCUGUGGGAGCAGCAAAGACACAAGACUGUCCCAUUCCACCUUCAGGCCUCACCCAGCUAUCACGCUGGAAUUUGGGAGCAUUAGGAUCGAGUUUCUCUAGUGCCUGGACAAUGUCCUCUUGCAGAGAACGGAUCCAUGACUCCAUCUUGCCACGCAUUGACUUCGAGUUGGAGGGUGAGCUUGAAGAUUCUAAUGAAGAAGACAUCGUUGUAGUGGUGGAAGAAAGCUUGCGAAAAUCGCGCUCAUGGUGAUAAACAACUAGAGAGAAUUCUCGACUGAGCUGGACCGGUCCGAGAGUGGUCCCGACUAGACCGAUUUCAAAAUUUGGUUGUGGAAUGAUCUAUCCACGAAUGAUUAAUGGAGAACGAGCGACUAACGUCGAAGAGUACUCGAGGCAGUCCUUACAAAAAAAUAAGCUACUCAUAUAGAUUAUCGCUCCGUACGGCGGAUGCUGAUUUGUGGAGCGGCAUUCGGCCGGCUCUGGCUCAAAUAUUUUCGGCGGAAAUCCGCCUAAUUAACAGCUUUCUUUCCUCGACGAUGGCAGACCAAGCAGAAUUCGCCUUCAUAAAGACAUUUGUCAAUACUAUAUCUACACAACCAAUCAAUUAUGACGAUGAAUACCAACAGCCACCAGAAAACUCGUUGAAGAAGAUCCCCGUCUUAACAGGAGUAGCCGUGCCAGAGCCACCCGCUCGUAAGGUAGAAGAAACUGCGGCUGGUUCAUCUUCCACCACACUGAAGUUGCUCAUUAAGUCCACCAAACCACCCAUAACUUACACACUUUCUGGUAUUCACCCAACCGAUACUAUUUCCGCUAUCAAACAGCAUCUCUCGACCACUAAUCCAACUGCUCCUGCUCCCGAUGCUCAGAGACUCCUUCUGAAGGGUAAAGCUCUCGCGGACAACAAACUGUUGAAAGAAUAUCCGGUGAAAGAUGGAGACACGAUUAACUUGAUGGUCAAACCCGGCGUGGAGUGGAAUCCUGCUGCCUCUGCUGCGGACCCGCCAGUGGUUACUCUAAACACUCCUGCUCCGAAACCAGCUUUUGGGACGUCCUUGUCGUCUUCUUUGCUGUCAGGAGGCUCGCCUGCUGCUCCUUCGGGGCAUACAGGAAAGAGACACCAACGCAUCCCCUCCGUUGUCUUAUCCCCCUCCCCGUCCAACGAGGAUGAACUUGGCGCGCAGCCGAGGAAGGACGUUCUCCUGACACUAGACACUACCGACCUCGCUCUCGGCACGGGUAGUACUCCCAAAGAAACCUUGGGUGCGUAUCAUUUAACGAUCUCGAGUCCGGGAUUCUGGGAUAAGUUGAUCCAAUUUCUGAGAACGGAGUUCACGAACGAAUCCGACGCACUCACUGCAUUCGAAGAUUUUCUUGCUGCGAGCAAAGGCUAUUUGAGUGCGAGCGACAUAGCAAAGAUACGGGAUCAUGUCGGGGUUAUGGGGAUGGCUGGUACAUGACCGAGAGAAGAAAGGAGAGGUUGCUCUUUACUGCACUGCGUUCGCAUCGGGCCUUAUACAUAAUCAAAUCAAAAUAAGAUAUAAUCUCCUGGCUUAAUGU